CCCAUCGGCUCCGCCCCGCCCCGCCGCCGGGUCACGCUAGCUGUGCCCGCUGCGGGCGCGGGUGACUUAGGGAGGCAGCCAUGGCGGCCCAGGCCCUGGCGGUUCAGGCCGUGGCCUCGCGCCUGCAGCGACAGGAGGAGGACAUCCGCUGGCUGUGCGCGGAGGUGCAGCGCCUGAGGGACGAGCAGCUGCGAGGGCCGGAGCGGGGACAAGCCGAGGGCCCGCGCCUGACGCGCGAGGUGGCACAGCUCCGGGCAGAGAACCGCGACCUGCACCAGCGCCUGUCUGGCCUGCGGCUGCGCCUGGCGGAGCAGCGCGGCCCCGGGGCAAGGCGGGUGGCGACGCAGGAGCCUCCUGCUCAAAACCAAGAAAGGGACACCAAAAAGAAGAGACCAAAAGAGAGUGAGCCUGACAAGGAGGCGAAGCAACCGAAUUUUAUAAAAGAAAGAUUGAAGCUUUUUGAAACAUUGAAGAUAGAUCAUCAGCUCUUACCUGCGACUCUGGGAAAAAAGAGCACAAGCAGCGUGAUUACAGUAAGAGUGGCUGGUGGGAAAACAGUGCAAGGGGAAAGGUGGAGAACGACACCUUAUCAAGUGGCAGCCACGAUUAGUCAAGAACUGGCUGAAAAUACAGUGAUUGCCAAAGUGAAUGGUGAAUUAUGGGACCUGGACCGCCCGUUGGAAGGGGAUUCUACUAUAGAGCUACUGAUGUUUGACAAUGAGGAAGCUCAGGCUGUGUACUGGCACUCCAGUGCCCACAUACUAGGGGAGGCCAUGGAACUUUACUAUGGAGGUCAUCUGUGCUACGGCCCACCCAUUGAGAAUGGCUUUUAUUACGACAUGUUCAUUGAAGACAGAGUGGUGUCCAGCAGUGAGUUGUCUGCCCUGGAGAACAUAUGUAAAACUAUCAUCAAAGAGAAGCAACCCUUUGAAAGAAUGGAAGCCAGAAAGGACUCACUCCUGGAAAUGUUUAAGUACAAUAAAUUUAAAUGCCGGAUUCUGAAGGAGAAAGUCAACACUCCAACAACCACUGUCUACAGGUGUGGUCCAUUAAUUGACCUUUGUAAAGGCCCCCAUGUAAGACACACUGGAAAAAUUAAAGCCAUAAAAAUUUUCAAGAAUUCCUCAACAUAUUGGGAAGGCAAUCCUGAGAUGGAAACAUUGCAGAGGAUCUAUGGAAUAUCCUUUCCUGAUAGCAAAAUGAUGAAGGGCUGGGAGAAGUUCCAAGAGGAAGCCAAGAGCCGGGACCACAGGAAAAUCGGGAAGGAACAAGAACUUUUCUUCUUCCAUGACCUGAGCCCUGGAAGCUGCUUCUUUCUCCCAAGAGGGGCCUUCAUUUAUAAUACACUUACAGAUUUCAUACGAGAGGAAUAUCACAAGCGUAACUUCACUGAAGUGAUCUCUCCUAACAUGUACAACAGUAAACUCUGGGAAACCUCGGGCCACUGGCAGCAUUACAGUAGCAACAUGUUCACCUUUGAUAUUGAAAAGGACACUUUUGCCCUCAAACCCAUGAACUGUCCAGGGCACUGUUUAAUGUUUGCCCAUCGCCCACGAUCCUGGAGGGAAAUGCCCGUUCGAUUUGCUGAUUUUGGAGUUCUUCACAGAAAUGAACUGUCAGGAACUUUAAGUGGCUUAACCAGAGUUAGGCGCUUCCAGCAGGAUGAUGCUCACAUCUUCUGCAUGGUGGAGCAGAUUGAAGAAGAAAUAAAGGGGUGCUUGCACUUUUUGCAGUCUGUUUACUCAACGUUUGGCUUCUCCUUUCAAUUAAACCUGUCAACACGGCCUGAGCACUUCCUAGGAGAGACUGAGAUGUGGGAUGAGGCUGAAAGGCAACUGCAGAAUAGCUUGAUGGAAUUUGGAAAACCAUGGAAAAUGAGCCCAGGAGAUGGAGCAUUCUAUGGCCCUAAAAUUGACAUAAAAAUUAAAGAUGCUAUUGGCAGAUACCAUCAGUGUGCUACAAUUCAGCUGGACUUCCAACUGCCUAUUAGGUUUAACCUCACAUAUGUUAGUAAAGAUGGGGAUGACAAGAGCAGGCCCGUGAUCAUUCACCGUGCCAUUCUGGGAUCCGUGGAAAGGAUGCUAGCCAUUCUCUCAGAGAACUACAGCGGGAAGUGGCCUCUCUGGCUGUCUCCUCGACAGGUAAUGGUCAUCCCUGUGGGUCCAACUUGUGAAAAUUAUGCACUUCAGGUGUCCAAGGAAUGUUUUCAAGAAGGCUUUAUGGCUGAUGUGGACUUAGAUGAGAGCUGUACACUAAAUAAGAAGAUACGGCAUGCACAGCUAUUGCAGUAUAAUUUUAUUUUGGUGGUUGGUGAAAAGGAAAAGGUAAAUAAUGCAGUAAAUGUUCGAACAAGAGACAACAAAAUUCAUGGAGAAAUUCCAAUAGCUUCUGUCAUUGAAAAAUUGAAGAACUUAAAAAAUUCACGCACUCUGAAUGCUGAGGAAGACUUUUGAAGUCUGCUCCUUGUACUUCUACAUUUUCUUGAGAACUUAAGAUAUUAGUACUUCUAAGAACCUUUGGGCCACUGAUAGGCCACUAAU